AUGAGAUCUGUUAAACAUGGAAGAAAAAGAGCUCGCCGAUGCAUUAAAUACAGCAGAAAUGCAGCACAAGCAAAAAAGAAAGCAAUUAAAAGGAAAAAAGCCAUGGGAGGCUUAAAAUGCACACAAAUGAGUUUAUCAUGGGAUAAGAAUCUCACAAUCAAGCAGAAUAUGAAAGCAAUGGGGCUUGCUUACGAUGCUAACAAAAUAUUUUCUUUACGCCCAAACGUUACGAACAAUGAAUGUGAGGGAAUGGAAAUGGACGAAGCAAAAGCUCAUGGAUCUGUGCAUUCUCAACUAAAAAGAUUGCAGAGCCAUAAAUUAGGUAGCAAAACAAUGUCGAAAGCUACUACAGUGGUUUCUGCUUUGGAGAAAGAAGUGAAAGAAGCAAAAAAAGGGAGAAGAAAACAAAUACACAAGCGUACUUUUCGUGUACCUGCUAGAGAUAUUCAAUUUUGUGUGUAUAUGAUGCAGAAAUACGGGGAUGACUAUAAGAAAAUGAGCUAUGAUGCGAGGAAUAUUUACCAGUACACACCAAAACAAAUACAGCGCAAAAUCGAUAUUUUCAAACAAAGUACAGAACAUUCAACUUGUUAA